AUGUCUGACAAAUGGGGAGAUCCCUUCCCUAAGUUGUGGCAAGGACUGCAUGGCAUGCUGCAUCUACGUGUACAGGUAUGCCCAGCACCUAAGAAGCACCGAGGAAACGGCCGGCGGCUCCAUGGGUAUUUUGACCUGUGUAACAGGGACGCUGAUACCGGCUGGCAGGCCAUGUCCACUUCAUGGAUGAAGAUGAAACGCUACAAGCUGUUUCUCCUGUUCUGUAUGGCCGGCCUGUGUCUCAUCUCCUUCCUGCACUUCUUUAAGACCCUGUCCUAUGUCACCUUUCCCCGCGAACUGGCCUCUCUCAGCCCUAAUCUGGUGUCCAGCUUCUUCUGGAACAAUGCGCCGGUCACGCCCCAGGCCAGCCCGGAGCCGGGUAGCCCCGACCUGCUGCGGACCCCACUCUAUUCCCACUCACCCCUGCUGCAGCCGCUGUCGCCGAGCAAGGCCACGGAGGAGCUCCACCGGAUGGACUUCGUGCUGCCCGAGGACACCACCGAGUACUUCGUCCGCACCAAAGCCGGGGGCGUCUGCUUCAAGCCAGGUACCAAGAUGCUGGAGAAGCCCCCAUCGGGACGGCCAGAGGAGAAGAUGGAGGCGGGCGACGGCGCGUCGUCGUCGGCGCGGGGCCCGGGCCGGCAGCUGCUGAGCGCCCGGGAGCGAGCGGGGAGCCGCGGCGCCGGCACGCGGCGCAAGUGGGUGGAGUGCGUGUGCCUCCCGGGCUGGCACGGGCCGAGCUGCGGCGUGCCCACCGUGGUGCAGUACUCCAACCUGCCCACCAAGGAGCGCCUGGUGCCCCGGGAGGUGCCGCGGCGGGUCAUCAACGCCAUCAACAUCAACCACGAGUUCGACCUGCUGGACGUGCGCUUCCACGAGCUGGGCGACGUGGUGGACGCCUUCGUGGUGUGCGAGUCCAACUUCACCGCGUACGGGGAGCCGCGGCCGCUCAAGUUCCGCGAGAUGCUGACCAACGGCACCUUCGAGUACAUCCGGCACAAGGUGCUGUACGUCUUCCUGGACCACUUCCCGCUGGGCGGGCGGCAGGACGGCUGGAUCGCCGACGACUACCUGCGCACCUUCCUGACGCAGGACGGCGUGUCGCGGCUGCGCAACCUGCGGCCGGACGACGUCUUCAUCAUCGACGACGCCGACGAGAUCCCCGCGCGCGACGGCGUGCUCUUCCUCAAGCUCUACGACGGCUGGACGGAGCCCUUCGCCUUCCACAUGCGCAAGUCGCUGUACGGCUUCUUCUGGAAGCAGCCGGGCAGCCUGGAGGUGGUGUCGGGCUGCACGGUGGACAUGCUGCAGACGGUGUACGGGCUGGACGGCAUCCGCCUGCGCCGCCGGCAGUACUACACCAUGCCCAACUUCCGCCAGUAUGAGAACCGCACGGGCCACAUCCUGGUGCAGUGGUCGCUGGGGAGCCCCCUGCACUUCGCCGGCUGGCAUUGCUCCUGGUGCUUCACGCCCGAGGGCAUCUACUUCAAGCUGGUGUCGGCCCAGAACGGCGACUUCCCCCGCUGGGGCGACUAUGAGGACAAGCGGGACCUCAACUACAUCCGCAGCCUGAUCCGCACGGGGGGCUGGUUCGACGGCACGCAGCAGGAGUACCCGCCGGCGGACCCCAGCGAGCACAUGUACGCCCCCAAGUACCUGCUGAAGAACUACGACCAGUUCCGCUACCUGCUGGACAACCCGUACCAGGAGCCGAAGAGCACAGCGGCCGGUGGGCGGCGGAACAAGGGUCCGGAGGGAAGGCCACCCGCCAGGGGCAAAUUGGAUGUGGUUGAAGGCUAA